AUGUAUGCCGAUCCACCUGGGCCACCCGGAGCACCGGGACCAAUUGGUACUACAGGUAUACCAGGAUUUCCAGGGCAACGUGGACCACCAGAGGAACAAGGAAUACCAGGAAUUCCAGGUAACACUGGUGCAAGAGGUUUUCCAGGAUUACAAGGUUCCAAAGGAUCGAACGGCCCAAUGGAACCAUCAGGUUUACCAGGCCCAAAGGGAGAAAGAGGCGAUAUGGGAUUCCCGGGUCUGAAAGGAGAUCAAGGUCCUCGAGGAUUUCCAGGUCCACUAGGAAAUAUGAGCGAUUUUUUUCUUGGCUCGCUGAGAUAUAAGGGUGAGAAAGGAGCCAAAGGUGAACGGGGAGAUAACGGAGUUCAGGGACAACCGGGUGAAAAAGAUAUGCAAUUCUCUUUAAAAAGAGAACAUCAGAUAAAUCACUCAAUUAAGAUAGAUUAAAUCCACUCGUGGAACGCUGAACACUCGCUCGACGAUGUAAUUCGAUCUUGUUGGAAAUCCCGACGAGAUGUAUAAUUGCGUUAUUCUAUGUCAGUGACAGAAUGAGAAAAUAUUACGAAACGGAUUAAUGCAUUCGU